UAUACCCUCUGAAUGUCGUAUCGUCCCCGGGAAUGAAAAGGAAAAGGAAGACAACGACUAGGAGGAUUACAAAGAAGAAGAGGUCGCCGACGCCUCAAUCGACCACAACAAUUGCGUCACUUGCCGAUCCCGAUGAUUUGGUAUUGGUUCCGUCACUUCCUGAUGAUUUGGUAUUGGUCAUCGUCGCACGCGUCCCAAGGUUACACUAUCCGACUCUUUCACUCGUCUCCAAGAGAUUUCGAUCUCUCGUGGCUUCACCAGAGCUUUACAAGGUCAGGUCACUCUUGGGACACACGGAGAGUUGUCUUUAUGUUUGCUUAGAACUGGGUCUUAAUAAGAAGGUUAGCUGGUUCACCCUUUGCCGGAAACCUGAUCAAACAACCCUAAACUCGAAGAGAAGUGCGUAUAUUAGUAGGAAGAAGGAGGAGUCAAGUGGGUAUGUUUUGGCUAGAGUCUCCAUUUCCGAUUCUCCUUGGUCUAACUCUGCGGGUCUCGUAGCGGUUGGUUCUGAUAUCUACAAUGUUGCUGAUAUCUACAAUGUUGCCGGACCCACAAUAGGAGAGCGCUGCGUCAGCCUUUCUGUUAUGGAUUGCCAAUCCCACACGUGGCGCAAGGCUCCAAGCUUGCGGGUGAAGCUAUUGACGCUCUCUGCUAGCGUCCUUGAUAGAAAGAUAUAUGUAGCAGGGAACUACAAAGCUCGCGAUACCGAGAGUAACAAGUUGGAGAACUCGGUGGAGGUGUUUGACAUAGACACACAAAUGUGGGAUUCUGUGCCCAUCCCUUGCCACUUCAAGUACAGAGACUACCAAUUUGCUUACUGCAAAAGCAUAUGUACUGACGGGAAUUUCCGUGUGGCUGAGCCUUUUGGAAAGGCCUUGGUUUACAUACCCAAGGAAGAUAGAUGGGACACGGUUGAACAACCAUGUAUGGAGCGUCAUUUGUAUUCUUCACUUUGUUGCACGAUAGACAAUGUUGUCUACUCUACUUCUAAGGGAGCCGUCAUAUGGUAUGACACCGAGGCAAGUAAGUGGAGAGAUUUUCAGGGUUUGGUAGGAUUACCUGAGUUCCUUGAUGCUUCUUGUGUUAGAUUGACUGACUAUGGCGGGAAGCUAGCUCUUUUAUGGGACGAUGAGCUGCCUUCUUUUUAUGGGCCUGGCUUCGGCCAUCACACACUGAUUUGGUGUGCUGUGAUUUCACUCGUAAGGCACAAGAGUAGUGAGAUUUGGGGGAAAGUUGAGUGGUUUGAUCAUGUGCUUACAGUCCCUAGACGCUAUACUUUUGUGAAUGCUCUUGCUGCUACUGUUUGAUUAGUGCUGUGAGAGUCACAAAGGCCUUCUUGAAAGUGUCUCUGGUAAUAUCCUUUUGUUAUAGACCUCCGAUUGCCACAUAACGACGGGAGAAAAGAAGGAAGAGAGAAAAGAUACCUUGGAGAUGGAACCUGAGAUGGUAAGAUACCUUGGAUAUCAAUCAGGCGGCUCAUGUGAUUAUUCUAUCUAUGGUCUUGUAAGAAGAUAAACAAG